CGUGUGCGGAACAAAAUGGCGUCGCAUGUGUUUCGUAAACUGUUCCUUUUAAAUAAAUCGCCGGUUUCGGCGCAGUACGGUGCCAAUGUUUGCAUUAGGAACUUGUGCGUGUCGGCGACACUUCGGUUUGCAACUCCUGGCCCCCCGGUUGCUGGGAAGGCGACGUUUAAGCGCGACAAACCUCAUAUUAACAUAGGAACUGUCGGUCACGUUGAUCAUGGCAAAACGACCUUGACAGCAGCAAUAACAAAAGUGCUCGAAGAAAAGAAAAUGGCAAAGUUUAUGAAGUAUGAAGACAUAGACAAGAAUCCAGAGGAGAAAGCUAGAGGAAUCACCAUCAAUGCCACCGUUGUUGAUUACGAAACUGACAGUCGCCAUUAUGGCCAUGUUGACUGCCCUGGGCAUGCUGAUUACAUAAAAAACAUGAUCACUGGUGCUGCUCAGAUGGAUGGCUGUAUUUUGGUAGUAGCUGCUACAGACGGUACCAUGCCACAGACCAGAGAGCACCUCAUUCUUGCAAAGCAGAUUGGCAUUAAGAAGCUUGUAGUGUUCAUCAACAAAGCUGAUGCUGCCGAUGCUGAAAUGUUAGAACUUGUUGAGAUGGAAAUUCGUGAGUUAUUGACUGAAAUAGGUUUUGAUGGUGACAACACCCCUAUUGUUUGUGGUUCAGCUCUGAACUGUCUGAAUGGUGAAAAUCCUACAUUAGGGAAAGAAAAGGUACUGGAACUGUUGAAACAUGUGGAUGAGUAUAUUCCACUUCCCCAAAGAGACCUUGAUAAAGACUUCAGUUUACCUGUGGAAGGAGUUGUAAACAUCACAGGCCGAGGAGUUGUGAUUACAGGUAAGCUUGACCAGGGCGUCAUAAAGAAAGGUGAUGCCUGUGAGGUCAUUGGCUAUGAUAAGAAAUUGAAGAGCUCUAUUCAGGGGAUUGAGAUGUUCCGACAGUUGCUCGAUCGUGGGGAAGCUGGGGACCAGAUGGGAUGUCUUGUAAAGGGUAUUAAGAAAGAAGAAGUCAGACGAGGCAUGGUUCUCUGCAAGCCCGGCCUGUACGACUUGCACAACUAUGUUGAGUCCCAGCUCUACCUAUUGAAACCUGAGGAAGGUGGGAGGACAAAGCCCAUCCUGCCGUUCCAGCAGCUUAUGAUGUACAACAAGAGCUUCGCCAUGGCUGCCACUAGUGAGAUCCCUCACAGGGACAUGGUGAUGCCAGGUGAAGACACCGCAGUCAGGUUCGUCCUCGGUCAUGGCAUGCCGGUUACUGAGGGCGACAGAUUCACACUGCGCGACGGCAAGGGCACCAUAGGUUAUGGAGUGAUCACCUCUCUCCUGGAACGGCGCGACCUUGCAGAAUUUGAAAAGGUGAAGAAGGAAAGAAAGAAGGCUAGAAAGGCUGCUGCAGAGGCUGAGGAGCAGUAGACUGAACUUCUGGAAAAUUUUAUCAACCAUGAUCAAAUGUUCAUUAGUUUAUCACCUAGUUAUUUGCAAUGUUGCUACAGUCAUGGAAUUUCUUAUCUAAAGUAUACAUAUUAUGAAAUGGUUAGUAUUGCUAUAUUGAAUUAUGUGAGUAUGUUCAUUUUAGCUGGUUCAAUUUCUACUCUGAUACAUUUUCACCUUCUGAUGUCUGUUCAUUUUAUAGAGUGUUUGUUUGCUGAUAAAUCUGUAUGUGAUUUAAUAUAAAAAAAAAAAAAAAGACUUUUGUUAGUUCGAAAAAAUUGACUUACUGUUAGUUUGAAAUAAAAAUUGUUUGACAUUAGGUAGCUAGAAAUUAUACUAAAAUUUCAGGUCUCGGGUCAUGAUUUGGUUGAUAAUUUAAAAAAAGUCAAAGUGUUGACUAGAUUAUGUUCUUUUUUUAUACAAUCUAGGAAGGAAAGGUUAGAUAAUUGGUCAAUUUUAUGAAAUAUAGGUCUCAUGGCAUGAUCAAGUUGUAGAGAAACACUUAGGCCUCAUUUACUACUUUAUUUUAAUGAAACUUGGCAAGAAUGUUGCUGUUAAUGACAGGUUUGUGUAUGAGUCAUGUUGGUAAUGAAGAGAAGCGAAUGAUUUUAAUGAGUUUAAAGACGCAUAAUCUACCGAACGUAAAUGUACGAACUACCUAAUCUACACGUAGGUGAAACAAAACUACCGUAUCUACACGUAAGUGUACAAACUACCGUAUCUACACGUAGAUGAACAAACUAUCGUAUCUACACGUAGAUGUAAUUAAAGCGUUGAAUUGCCUUCAGCCUGCAAUGUUAUGUGAAUAUAGUCAUGUAAUUGUAAAAAAUAAUUAUAAUACCCCCGACAAACGAAGUCUGAAGGGGGUAUAUUGGCGUCACCCUGUGGUCAGUCGGUCGGUUUGUCGGUCGGUCCGUUGCAAUUUACCUUGUCCGGAGCAUAACUUAAAAAAAUCUGGAUGGAAUUGGAUUAAACUUCAUACAAUGAUACAGCAUAAUGAGAGGAAGUGCAGUGUACAAUAACCAUAACUCUAUUCUUGCUUAUUACUGAGUUAUUGCCCUUCGUUACUUUUUUUUUGUCCGGAGUAUUACUUGAAAAGUACUGGAUGGGAUUCAUUGGAACUUCAUACAAUAGUAAAGCACAAUAAGAGGAAGUGCAAGUGUUCAAGAACCAUAACUCUACUUUAGCUAAUUACUGAGUUAUUGGCCUUUAUUUUAUUUUUUUUGCUGUCAAAUAUUUUUCCAGACAUUAACUUGCAAACUACUGGAUGGAAUUUAUUAAAACUUCAUACAAUGAUAAAGCAAAAUGAGAGGAAGAGCAGUGCACAAGAACCAUAACUCUAUUUCAGCUAAUUACAGAGCUACUGCCCUUCAUUACUUUUUUCUUGUCCGGAUAUGGUAGUGUGUACAUCUACGUGUAGAUACUUCCUUUAAAUGUGAUAUAUAUGACUCGUUGUGUAAAGUAUUGGACAAAACUGAUAAGCAUGCCUAACUAUAGGUACCCUAAAAACUGUUAUCUAAUGCUUCGCGAGUUAGACGGUGCUGGCAAGACAACAUGGGCCACAGGAGUGAAAAUACUUUUAUUCGAACAUGGUUUCGGUUUUGCAUGGAUCGCUGGCGAAGUAGGAAAUAUAACAAACUUUAUUGUGCUAUUUAAAAGCAGACUUAAAGACUGUGCAAUGCAGAAGAUGCAGGGAUUUGUUGAUUCUUCUCCGAAAGCGCUGCACUACAGACAUUAUAAAAGUCUUUUAAACCCAGAAAGAUACCUUUCCAUGGAUCUACCAUUCAUAUUGAAAAAGACAUUUUCUAAUUUCCGUUGCUCUAGUCACGUAUUGCAAAUUGAAAAAGGCCGACACGAUAACAUUGAUCGGGACUUCAGGUUUUGUCCUUAUUGUUUGAAACGAAAUGUCUAUGUUAUAGAGGAUGAAUACCACUUUUUAUUACUCUGUCCGUUGUAUAAUGAUGUUAGACAAACGUACUUGUAUGACCAACUUGAAAAUAGAAUGAUAACGCUU